AUGGCUCCUCACCAAGCAGCUUCGUUGGCAUCUGGAACAGGGCACCUGCUCACGCGCUGCGUGUCAGAAAACCUAUUCUCUCGAUGCAUUUUUCUGCGGUCGCAUCAAUGUCAAACGAAGUGUGAAGGUUGCGAAGAGAUGCCUCCUAUCUUGCUCCUCACCGUGGUCGGACCUCGGAGUUCGGGUCCACACUCGACGGUAAGUUAUCAGCUGCUAUGCAAGUGUCAAGCGUUGCCUAGUGCGCGAGCUGUCACAGUAAGGAGUUUGAAUUCGUACACAGAGUCGGAUCUCAUCUUAACUUAA